UGAGCGGAUGGCACAUCUCUACCAAAUAUGUCAUCAGCAUUUGUUACAAGUCAUUUCGUAAGCAGUAAUUUGUUGAACCAAUUUGUUUCAUGUUAUAAUUGUAUUUUAAAACUGUUUUGGUCUGGUACGUAACAAGAUGAAAUCGACCGGCAAAGCGCUGGCCGCUCUGCGAGGCCUGAUGGCAAACUUACCGAGCAACCUUGGCUCUAUUAACGCCUACAUAAUUCCUUCGGAUGAUGCCCACCAGAGCGAGUAUCUUGCCGAACGGGACGAACGUCGUGCCUUUAUCUCGGGCUUCGAUGGAAGCGCCGGUACAGCAGUUGUGACGGAGAAGCAAGCUCUUCUGUGGACCGAUGGCCGCUACUAUCAGCAAGCUGGCAAGCAACUGGAUAAUGCUUGGACCUUGAUGAAAGAUGGUCAACCGAGCACACCCAGCAUCGAUGCUUGGUUUGCGAACGAGCUGCAACCGGGUUCCAAAGUAGGAGUCGAUGCUAAUCUCAUUUCCACGAGAGCAUGGAAUCCACUCGAGACGGCACUGAAAUCUGCUGGAUGCUCGCUGCUACCAAUAGCUCCUAAUCUGAUUGAUUUAAUUUGGGAAAAUCAACCGGCUGCUCCUAACAAACCAAUUGUACCGCUUUCUGUUGAGUUCACUGGGAAGCCUAUAGCGACCAAGCUAGCAGAGGUGCGUGAAGCAAUGAACGAGAAGCGAGCAUCUGUGCUAGUGGUCAGUGCACUGGAUGAGAUUGCUUGGUUUUUGAACCUCCGUGGUUCCGACAUAGACUACAAUCCGGUAUUUUUCGCGUACAUCCUCGUAACGCUAGAGGACCUGUUUUUCUUCGUCGAUGAGAGCAAACUGCUGCCCGCUAUUUACGAUCAUUUUCGAGCGAAUAACGUGCAACCAAGAGUGCGUCCCUACGAUGAGGUCCACGGAAUGCUGAAAUCGCUUGCAGAAUCCUCUUCCAGUCGGGUGUGGAUUAGUUUGGGUUCUAGCUACGCCUUAACGACAUUGAUUCCCGAGGAAAAACGUAUGCAUGCGAUCACUCCAAUCAAUCUGAUGAAGGCCGUGAAAAACGAUGUUGAGGCGAGUGGGAUGCGUGCGUGUCACAUUCGAGAUGGGGUUGCCUUGUGCCAGUACUUUGGGUGGCUGGAAGAUUGCAUCAAAAACAAUGUGGCUGUGGACGAGAUUAGCGGAGCUUCUCGUCUGGAGGAGCUUAGAAGUUUGCAGGAUAAGUAUAUGGGUUUGAGUUUCACCACCAUCAGCGCCUCGGGACCAAAUGGAUCUGUUAUCCACUAUCACCCCCUUCCUGCUACCAAUCGUCCCAUCUCGGAUAAGGAAAUGUAUUUAUGCGAUUCAGGAGCGCAGUAUUCAGACGGCACAACGGACGUUACUCGUACGAUGCAUUUCGGAGCACCGACCGAAGAGGAAAUCCACGCAUUUACGCUAGUGUUGAAAGGACAAAUUUCGCUUGGCACAGCUGUCUUCCCGCGGAAGGUAAAGGGUCAAUUCCUGGAUACAAUUGCACGGAAGGCGCUCUGGGAUGAGGGGUUGGAUUACGGUCACGGGACGGGGCAUGGCAUCGGUCAUUAUCUGAAUGUUCACGAGGGUCCAAUGGGUAUUGGUAUUCGUCUGAUGCCCGACGAUCCCGGACUAGAGGAGAACAUGUUUCUUUCCAAUGAACCUGGCUACUAUAAAGAGGGCCAGUUCGGCAUUCGCAUUGAGGAUAUAGUGCAAGUUGUUCCGGCGAACAUUCGGAAUGAUUUCGAUGGGCGCGGUGCGCUGUCUUUCAGCACCGUUACAAUGUGUCCCAUCCAGACGAAGCUGGUGGACGUAAAGCUACUGACGGAGAAGGAGCGCACCAGCCUGAACAACUAUCACAAAACAGUGAGAGAAACGUUAGCGCCUUUACUGAGGGAGGCGAACGAUGCGAAUACACUGACAUGGCUGGAACGCGAGACACAACCCAUUUGAUCAUAACGGCUGGCAGUUACAGCUGGGUUCAUCGGUCAAGUGAGAAUAUUUUGGAUAUUUAUACCGAAUUAAUUGUGGAUCGAAAAUUCGAUUGUUUCAAUGUGGAGUGUAAUAUCACAUUUUGUCAAAUAAUUCGUUGUUAUGACACUCGUUAGACUACUUUAUAUCAUGCUAGCUGACCCGGCAAACUU